AUAUUUAAAUAUUAGUAAAUUUUUUUCUACUUCAAAGUGAAUUGUAUGAUCAUAAAAGUUAGAUUCUUUUUUCAAUUUUGGUAAAUUUUGUAUUCAAAUCUUUUGAUAUUUUCUUUUUGUUUUCCGAAUUCUGUAGAAGCAGCAACAAAAAUGGGAUCAGAUUAUAACGAGGAAAUAAAGCAUAUCUCCUAUGAUGACAUCUUGUCAUACACGGGCAAUUGUAGUGCUGACAACAAGAUUGGAAAUUUUCAAUUUGGUGAGGUAUAUCGUGGGAAGAUGGGAGAAAAAGAGGUGACCGUGAAGAUAUGGAGAAAUAAUCGUUCCCGCUAUAUUAGCUUUAUAAGAGACAAUGCGACAAGAUUUAACGACGAACUCAUAUUACAAACUCUUGGAGGAGUAACGUCGCACUGUCGUGUAGCAAAGAUGAUCGAAUACUGUGAUGAUGAGGAUGAGAAUCGGCUUGCUGUUGUCUAUAAUCUUAACCCACUUGAUAUAUUGCAGAACUUAAUUCAUGAAGAUAAUUUGACUUGGUUACAAAGAGUAAAAAUUGCUUAUCAGCUUGCGGAUCUCCUUAAAUUUUUGCAUACGGCACCCCUGGCUGAGGGAAAGCGUCCAUAUAUGGUUCGCAAUUUGAAUCCAGCUCACAUUAUGAUUGGACAGGAUUACAGCCCUAUAUUGUAUGAAUUCAGUAUGUUUUCUGGUGGCAUCCAGCCAGAUAGAAACCACCUUGGACAUCUUACUACACCUGGGUAUUCUGGUUAUACUGAUCCACCUUUUUCAUGGGUAGGAGAUCUCAUUGAUAAAAACGGGGUAUAUGAAUAUGCUGAUGCGCGGCUUGAUGGUGUGAGGUCUCUUGAUGAAUGGGCAGCAGAAGAGUAUGGGAAACGUGUGGCAGAAUGUGGAAAAGGAAAUGUGUCCUUGGUGCAUCCAAGCUUUGAGCAUGAUCAGGAUUUUGAAUUGGCUGAUGGACCUAAAAUCACAAAUGUGGUAAUGGAUUGUUUAAUUGAUGAUCCAUCUGAGCGUCCUUCCAUCGACCGAGUUAUUGAUCUUUUGGAUGGAUUAUCGGUUGUGCAAAGAAAUCCAGACACCUUUGGUAUUGGUACAAAUCGAGGCCACAAACCAAGUCACGACGAGGCCUCAGAAGUGGAGAUAUAAUGAUGACCAAAACAAAAAAAUCAAAUUUCAAAACCCAUCAAGAAACACAUUGAUUUUUAUUUUUAAUUUAAUCGUCUUUAAGUAUGGAGAUUAAAAAGGAAUCAUGUGUUUUAUGAAUUAAAUUUAUGAAAUUAGC